GUCAGCGCGCUCUCCGGACGUCUCGACCGAUUCUCGGGAUCGAAUCUUUUUGAACCGGUUCCGUGUAAAGUCGUUCACACGUCCACACGCUGCCAUUGAACGUGUUUUUGAAACCCACCAUCGAUACCCUCGCUCUUAGGUCAUUUUACAGCUGCUUCCCUCACGAGUGCCUCGGUUUCGGAGGAGUUCUCAAUCCUCCACGGUGACUGUCACGCCCAGUGAAGAACCGUUCACAACAACAGAGUCGUUCGUGCGUCGCCCCCUCAGCUGCCCGGAAAGCUAGUUUCAGACAGCCGGCUAACAGGGAGGUCCCAGUCAGUGGCUAAUGUCUGGAGCUACACUGGGGACACAACUGGUUGGACCGUAUCCAGGAUAAGCAGCCGCGAGUGGAGGGAAAUUGACGGGAAGUGGCAGAAUAGAGAUGGAAGGGGACGACUGCAGUUUUCCUCCAGACUCAUCAGAUGAUCACUCGCAAAGAGGAAGUGUUGCUUCUUCUGCAACACUUUCCCGGGCUCAAGAUGUGCUCAUAUACCUGUUUGGGGAGAGUGCAGUCCACCUAUCUGUAGAAGGGCUCGGCAGUGUCACUGUGCAGGAGCUGGGCAGAAGUGUUCAUGAGGCUCUCAAUGUUCCUGAAUCUGCACAUGAUGCUUUUGCCUUCUGGUUAUGUUCUCCACUGCUCGAACUGCAGCUAAAGGUGAAACAUCAACCAUACAAGCUGUGUCGUCAGUGGCAAGACCUGCUGUAUCGCUUCACUGAGGCCUCAGAGGAAGACAUUUCGCAAGAUGAGCCGUAUCUCCAAUACAGACGGAAUGUGUUUUAUCCUAAAUCUAAAGAGCUGCAGAUUGAUGAUGAGGGAGUCUUGAAACUUCUGUACGAAGAGGCCAGGAACAACAUCCUCUCAGGUCGAUACCCCUGUGAUCCAGAGCACUGGAUGAGUCUUGGAGCCUUGUCUCUUGCUCUUGAAGAGGGAACUGGUCUAGACGGCCAACAGUUUACUGCUACUGUAAGAGAGAAGAAGCUGACCUCUUAUGUGCCUGCACAUGUCACCAUGGGGAGCGGAGGUUUACUCUCUACUCUGAGAGGGAAGUCCAGUCGUCUGGCAGGGCUGGAGCAGAAACUGCUGGAGGAGUACAAAAAGAUCCACACAUCUGCUGCAAACCCUCCUGAGCCCACACAGCUCCUACACCAGUACCUCAACACAUGCCACACACUGCCUUAUUAUGGGUGUGGUUUCUUCUUUGGUGAGAUUGACAAACCAGCGCAAGGGAUCCUCCAAAGGGGAAAGCGCAAAGCUGUCAAUGUUGGGAUUUGCCUGGAGGGGGUCUAUGUGAUGGACGUCAAAGAGAAGCAUGUUCUGCUCGGCCUGCGUUUCAGCCAGCUCUCGUGGGACCACAGCUACCCGGAGGAGGAGGGGGACUCGCACAUUCUGUGGCUGGAGUUUGAUGGAGAGGAAGACGGAACUCCAGUCAACAAACUGCUAAAGAUCUACUCAAAACAAGCAGAGCUAAUGAGCGGCUUCAUCGAGUUCUGUGUGGAGCUGAAGUCUGCGUCUGAGGGUGCAGCUGCAGUCGAAAUGGACGGCGAGGUGAGUCUGUCUCAGCAGCCAGCCGGACAAGAUGGCAGCAACAAGAACGGACGUGGAGGGCGGCGUGGGAUGCUGCACAGGCAAAGCAGUGUUGUGUGCAGUCGGGUCCAUUCGCUCAACACUAUCAGUUAUGUGGACAAUGGAAAGGAAAUCAAACGCUUGAAGCCAAAAAGAGCUGCGUCCUUCUUCACCCGACAGGCGUCUGCAGCCACAUACUCUGCUGUGCAAGUGACAGAGAGUCUGGAGCAGGGUUAAACUCACUGAUCUGCCCUGUUCGUCUCAAAGACCAAACGUGAACAUUUUACACUGAGAUUUAAAGAAAAGACUUGAUACGCGCUCUAGACAUUUAACCGAUAAUAUAUGAACAUGCAGAGGACCAAGUGAGGGAUUUAAGAGUGUGCAACAAUAUUUAUCUUUGGACAUUUUGUAUAUUAAGAGAGCACAGCAAUGUGAAAAACAAAAAAAGAUCUAUUAACAGCUAUGCUUCUGAGGUUGAACUGAAGUGGCUAUUAAUGAGAUGGCCUUACAUAAUACAACUAUUCUCUGAGCACUAUAUGAGGGACCUCCUUCAUAAGUCUGGGACAUGCCUUAGAGAAAUCCUCAGAUGAUGACUGUAUGAUAUCUUGUGACCUUUUCCACCUUUUGCAGUACUCUGGAGAUGUUUUUACUGUUAUUAUUCAAAAAUGUUUAACCUCAAAUGAGUAUAACCACUGCAGUACCUCUUACUUUAACUCUUCUACGGGAUUGAACAUUGCAAUACAUCCCCUUAUAACGUUAUAACAUUAAAACAUCCUCCUCAGAGCUGUAUGAGUUGGCAAAAACUCUUUGCAGUCAGCAUGACAAACACUUUCAGGGGACGAUCCGAGGGCGUGUUCCCCACUACUCUGCUUCUUUAAACUGCCAGUGCCUUGUUCUCAUGAAAGGAUGAAACCACUUGUAAAAAGUGCUGGUAGAAACGUUUGGUGUCACAGAUCAUAAAAAGUCCACAUGGGAGCACCUUGGAUUUGUUGUGGAAAUUUCUUGUAAGUACACAUAUUUGAGAUUUUGACACAAUUUGCUGAUACUUGCUGCUGGUUUUCUUGGAAAGAAAGAACAUGCUAAAUGAAUUUUCAUUUGUAAAAGCAGAAUUAUGUGAUGUUGUUCUAAACAUGUAAAGUAACAGGAUAUUUGACAUUAUCGGAAUGCAGAAACCAAAAUUGCUUGUUCACAGUAUCAAGUGCUCAUUGGAGAGCUAAAGUAAAACUAUGGUACAUGGUAACUAUGGUACAACAGACUCAAAACUUACCAAACUAUGUAGUAAGUUAAUAUAAAGAACGUAUUACCUAGUGGAAGUGACACUCGUUUACCAGUCAAGACUUGACUCACUUGCUUGGUCGGACCUGAUAAGCAAAGUAAAACUUAUGCAAUGUCAAAGUUGUGCAACUUCUCUAAUAAGAGAAGCUAAAAUAAAAGAAAACCUUCCAUUCAAACUGCAACUUCAAUGUCUAAGUUUUGGUUAUCCAUCUAACCACUAUCCUUGCAAACACAAUUGGAAUUUUGUUUGCAAAACGAAGGGUAAUCUCAACUCAUAAAGAACAUUUAGUGCUUCAAUUGGAAUUAAAAAUCUAUUCUGAGACAUGUGGCUUUCAUUGGACAGCGGCGGUCCUCUCUGUGCCCAUGGUACAGACAAACUUGCCGUUAAGAUCUCCGUCUGGACACCAAAGCAUAGCCAUCGAACAUGCUGCAACAACAGUCUGCUACCUAAACACUCCAGAGGCAGACCACAGUCCCUCCAGGAGUAUGUCUGAACUCCAUCCCGACCCUGAUUUGGGCAGUUUCUUUCUCUUCCGUACAUUUAACAAACAGUGUCACCUCAGUAAUGGACAUUACAGGAGUUAUACGUCUUUAUAACACGGCAAUAUGUCCUCAUUUCAGAUGUGGUGGCCUCAUGUCUUCUCCCUGAUUCUCCUUAGCACGCAAACUGCAGAUUGUGCUUACAUCUCUAUGCUUUUGACUUUUGACUCAGAUGCAGUCGGUCCCCUAACCGCAGCAGUCCAAUAUAUUGUUGCUAACGUACACUAUGCAUGUCACAUUGUAGAAUAGGCAUUCCGAAAGACUACACAUCAUCAUGUGAUACUGCACUAUUAAUACUAAUACACUGUUUUUAAAAUCUUUUACAUCUGCCGAUUGUUUUGUAUCGUUUGUUAGCUUUUAUGAGAGAAUAUUUUUACUUUGUUUUUUCAUAUACUGGUCAGUGUUUGUACACUAGAAUGAAGAAAUAGGUCAUUUCAAGCGUUCUCUUCUUUGAGCAGAAACAUAAAGUGCCUUUUUGUUUGUACUAAGUUGGAAUCUCAAUAACUGUAUUUUUGGUGCUUGGAAACCAGAAAUUCUAAUGUUGUUGUGGUUUUAAAUAAUUUCUGUUUUGUAAUAUAUUUCCCAUAUUUUCAACUAGACGAUGCAUUUCAGCUUUCCUAGCUGACGUGAGUGCAUUGAUAUAUUGGUUAACUACGCUGGGCUGCUGUUGAACAGUGAAUGGUGGUUCCUUCAUUAAAAUAUGUCUAGGUUUUUUUUUCUUUCUUUUUGUUAAUAAACAGAUGCAAAGUGGCCGUUUCUCAGAAUAUCUGUGAAGAUGUGUUUACUACUUCACUACCUACACAUGAAACACUACGUUCACACAGCGGGCUCGAGUGCUGCAUGUGACAUCUUGUUGUUCUGUGCAUGCGCGUCACAUCAGGGCCAUGACAGUUCACAUUGGAGCCUGAUACUGGCCACAAGAUAAUGUGAACAGGUACAUAAACAAAAAUCUGAAUUGAGCACUAAGGCUUGCAGUGUGAAUGAGUGUGAGUGUGAAUGCUAGUUUCAUUUGAAUUAACGUGUAUGAUUUUAUAAUCAGCAUCAAUACUUUCACCACAAUAUGACUAUAAGCAGCAACCUAAUUUGACCGACCUGCUGUAUAAUUUGAACUAGAUGCAUUUAAUAAGGCUUUGAAAGAAUUGUAGUGUUUAAUUUCAUUGUAAUAUAAUCUGCAGGGAUGUAAGAGUCAUAUAACACUGUUGAUGCAUAUGUGGACAGUUGUUUGUGAUUACUCCUGAGGAAAUGGUUUUGACCUUAACUCUUAAUUCAAAUAAUUUUCAAAUCCCUGACCUAAAUCCCAGAGCUUUAUUCCACUCUUACUGUAUUUUCCCUGAUGCUACAUAGACCUUUGCCAGAUUCUGAAUCUUUGACUAAUAAAAUGAAAACUGUGCUCCCUGUAGAUGGCGCCUGUUCCUC